AUGGACCACGACCAGCUAACGCUCGUCCAGUUCUGCUACGACUGCGGCGUCGAGAUCAAGUACUUUCGCAACAUCCAACAUCCUGUUCUCUACUUUCACAACAUCCACUUUCACAACAUCCACUUUCACAACAUCCAACAUCCUGUCUACUUUCUCAACAUCUACUUUCACAACAUCCACUUUCACAACAUCCAACAUCCUGUCUAG